AACGAGCACUAACAUGCGGGCAUCUAUCUUACAUGCCUUUUCCUACCUUCGCAGUGUGUUUCCGAUGUUUUUUGAGAUAAGUUCCGAUUUUGCGAUCCUCAUAAAUAUAAACAAUGAUAAAAUAUGGCCACAGCCAUCGGGAACGAUGUAUACACCGAAUAUUAUUAAAUUCUGAGGUCAACGAUCAGACUGUAGUUUGAAAAUGUGGGCGAUAAAUUGUCAUCCGUUUUGUUUCAUCUGAUUUUUUUUUCUAUACGAUGAUCCCAGCUACUGAUCAUUUCUUCCAAAGUUUCAAAAGUGGUGCCAGACUUUUUUUAAGCGGGAUUCAAUUGAGUGUCCCCACUUGACUCGAUGAAAAAAUUCUCGAGUUAACAUGACGGUGAAAGAAUGGUUCAGGAAAUAUCAACCGCUACAGCUGUAUAUUGUUUUAAUAUUGACCAUACUAUUUCUAACUAUACAGUUAGUAGUAAGUCAUAUUACUCAUGCAUUGACACUGCUAAUGAAUUCAUACCAGAUGUUAUGCAAUGUUCUUGCACUAAUUGGAUAUAUUAUAACCAUUAAGUUUCAAUCCAGAGAUCUCCAGGACCUGACCGGUCAAAGAAAAAACGUAUCGCCAAAUGGCACCGAUACGACCAACAAAGAGAAGUCUGAAAAUUCAAAGUUGGAGGCUACAGAGCACAAGCUCAAAAACACCUUCGGCUGGGCAAGAAUCGACGUUGUCUCCAUGCUCAUCUGCUGCGUAUUCUGCGGGUCCUUGUGCUUUUCGGUCAUCGUUGAAGCUCUGCAAACGCUGUUUCAUAUAGAUCACCUCCACGAAAUGCACAACCCGAUUUCCGUAUUUUGCAUGGGUGCGGCGUCCUUCUUGUUGAAUGUCUUAUGCUUCAUCCUCAUCGGCGGGUACACCUUUCAUCAGGGCUCCUUUUUGUACGUUACUGAGGGCGGAGAAGUAGUCCUGAACAGGGUACCACCGAUGGAGAAUGUGAGACAGGGUGAGAGGAGGCUGUCCAGAACGAAGACAUUCUCUUCCGAGUUGAGGAAUAAGAGGCAGAAUUUCAGGGAGAUGGUCAGAGAUACUUUAGGUUCGGUUUUGGUCAUUAUAUCCGCUGUGUUGGUGUACUUUGCCCACCCUGGGUAUGUUAAAUAUGUUGAUCCUGCUAUAGCAGUUAUCCAUGCCAUAAGUUUGAUGCAACUGAGUUUUCCAUAUAUGAAAGAAAGUUGUUUCAUCCUACUUCAAACCAUGCCUGGAUCUAUAAACAUAGAUUCGUUGAAGGUAGACUUACUAAAACAAUUCCCGGACAUCGUGAACGUUCAUGAUUUUCAUGUUUGGCAGCUUACUACCAAUAAAGUGAUCUCAACUGUACAUAUUAUUUUUCAGAGUCCUGAGGUUUAUAAGAGGAUAAAAAAUGAAUUGAUAAAUCAUUUCAACGCCAAUGGUAUCACUCAGGUUACCAUACAGCCAGAAUUCUUUACGAAAGCUCAAAAACUGGACGCCAUAACAUCCACAAACAUGUUGAAGUGCCUUAUGGCAUGCCAAGAAUCCUGCGGAUCUUGGCUGUGCUGCCCUGAGUCUGAAGAAGAGAAAAAUGAAUUGAAAGAAAUAACCUGUGGAUCUAAAGAAUCACUGCCAGAUCUAACCACCAAUACUGUGAUAUCAUCCCAACCAGAACCAACGCAGGAGAAUUCAUCCGAAGAAAUGCGAAAUCCAGCUGUUCCGCCACUGGAGAAGUCGUCGGAAGACAAAAAUCUACUGCGGAGAGAUCAGAAACUCAACAUCAAUGCUCAAGAAUUCGUGAACGACGUCAAAGAAGAGAUGAAAGCCAAUAUGUAGAUAACUAUGUACAUUUUUCUGUGAUUUAAUUGUGACUGAUAUUAAUUUGUAUUUCAUAAAACGUGCCUGUAUUUUAACAUGCGAGAUGCAUUUGUCGAGAUUUUGUACAUACUGAGUGUCUGAGAUUUUAUUUACAAUACUGACUAGGCCAGUGUAUCCCGAAUAAGUGAAAAUAUAAAAGAUGCAAAAAUA